AGUUCCUUUAUUGCUCAGGUCACAAACAUGAUGAGAUCUUCACUCAUUGGUUGCUACUUUCUCCUCUUCGUUGCUGGGAUCUUCGAGCAUGCCAUGUCAUCCCCUUCUUUCUCUUCUUCAGCUCUAGUCGAAGAGCGCCAGCCUCAACGAUACGUUAAGUCACAUUCCUUCAACAGGAAGUUUAAGCACUACUACAGAUCAAAGGUUUUGGUUGAAGAAGCAAAGGGACCGGAUGCCCUCGUGAGUACUUUGAAGCCUGAAUUCUCAAGAGGAAGUGGCAUCAAUGAUUUUGAUGAUUUGGUAUAUCAUACCGACUACCAUGGAGUCAGUACUCAUCCACCGACCCCACCAAACAUCAUGCGUACUUUGAAGCCCGAAUUCUCAAGAGGAAGUGGCAUCAACGAUUUUGAUGAUUUGGUAUAUCAUACCGACUACCGUGGAGUCGGUACUCAUCCACCGACCCCACCAAACCAUGAUUAAAAGGCCUUGUAAUGCAUAAGUUUUCUGCCAUUGAUACAGUAGAGAUAUAGUUUGAAAGAUAUUGUCUAAAGGAAAACUCAGUCUUUAAUUCUCUAUGCUUGGUGAAGUUGGCUAUAUAUGUCUUAGAAAUGGGAGAUGAAAAUAAGUGUUAUA